CACAAGUUUCUAACUCUGGAUAUUUUUCCGGUUAGUUUUAUUGUUGUCAUUUAUUUUACAGCUUCAAUAAGUGUCUUGGCUGCUAAGAUUCAGAGACUUAACAUAUAAAAAUGGGAGUACCAGCGUUUUUCCGAUGGCUAAGCAAGAAAUAUCCAUGUGUCAUUAUAGAAUGUAAUGAAAAUAAGAAAACAGAUGCGGAAACAGGCAAGACUAUUUAUGAAGAUCCAACUUUACCCAAUCCUAAUGGCGUAGAGUUCGAUAAUUUAUAUCUUGAUAUGAACGGAAUAAUACAUCCUUGCACGCAUCCUGAAGACAAACCAGCGCCUAAAAAUGAAGAAGAAAUGAUGGUGGCUAUAUUUGAAUGUAUUGAUAGACUUUUUGGUAUUGUUCGACCGAGAAAAUUAUUAUAUAUGGCCAUCGAUGGAGUAGCUCCUAGGGCAAAAAUGAAUCAACAGAGAUCCCGAAGAUUUCGCGCUGCAAAAGAAACAAUUGAAAAGAGGAUAGAAAUUGAACGCAUUCGAAACGAACUGUUAACACGAGGCUGCAAACUUCCACCGGAAAAAGAAAAAGGCGAACACUUCGACUCAAAUUGCAUAACUCCAGGAACACCUUUUAUGGAUCGACUAAGUAAAUGCUUACAUUAUUAUAUACAUCAUCGCAUUAAUACCAAUCCAGCAUGGAAACGAAUACAAGUUAUUUUAUCUGACGCAAAUGUUCCUGGCGAAGGAGAGCACAAAAUCAUGGACUAUAUUCGGAAACAACGUGCACAACCUGAUCAUGAUCCUAACACCCAUCACGUUCUUUGUGGUGCUGAUGCAGAUCUUAUAAUGCUUGGGCUUGCAACACACGAACCAAACUUUACUAUAAUUCGCGAAGAAUUUCUUCCAAAUAAGCCACGACCUUGUGACGUUUGUAAUCAAUUUGGCCACGAAAUGGACAAAUGUGUUGGCCUUAGUGCAGUUGGCUCAAGUAACUGUAAUUUUACACCAGAUAUUCCCAUUGGAGCAGAAGUCAAAUUUAUAUUUGUUCGAUUAAGCGUGCUUAGAGAAUAUCUUAAAAAAACAUUGCAAAUGCCCAAUUUGCCGUUCAGCUAUGAUUUUGAAAGAGUUCUAGAUGACUGGGUAUUCAUGUGCUUUUUUGUCGGAAACGAUUUUCUACCUCAUUUACCGAGCUUAGAAAUUCGUGAAGGGGCAGUUGAUCGACUGGUUGAGCUGUACAAAAAAUGUGUUUAUAAGACAAAAGGGUAUUUGACAGAUUCAGGUGAAGUUAAUUUGGAUAGGGUGCAAUUAAUCAUGACAGACUUAGGAAAUGUUGAGGAUCAAAUAUUCAAGGACAGACAACGCAGAGAACAGCAGUUCAAGGCGAGGCAAAAGAGGGAAAAUAAUAACUUUAAAGCAUUAGAACAAUCUGUAUUUGGACCGUCGGCAGUUGGACCAGCCGCUAAAGCUCAAAUUAUAACAAACUAUAAACAGGAAGCUGCGUCCGUAAGAAUGGGGUCAAAGCGUUCCAGUACAGCAGCAAGUUUGGAUGAUGACGAAGAAAACCAUGAUGAAGUGCGACUGUGGGAAGAUGGUUUUAAGAACAGAUAUUACGAGUCCAAAUUUGACGUAUCACCCGAUAAUCUUCAAUUUCGAUAUGCUGUUGCCCUACAAUAUGUUAGAGGACUGUGCUGGGUUCUAAAAUAUUAUUACCAAGGAUGUGCUUCUUGGAAUUGGUAUUUUCCUUACCAUUAUGCUCCAUUUGCUUCGGACUUUGUUAAUAUUCAAGGACUAUCAACUAUAUUCGAAAAAGGAACAAAACCGUUUAAUCCCUUAGAACAGUUGAUGGGAGUGUUUCCAGCAGCCAGCAGUUCCCAUGUUCCAAAACCAUGGGCGGAGCUAAUGUCUAAGCCUGACUCAACUAUUAUUGACUUUUACCCCGAGGAUUUUAAAAUAGAUCUGAAUGGGAAAAAGUUUGCGUGGCAAGGAGUUGCUUUACUACCAUUUGUGGAUGAAAACAGACUGUUUAAGGCACUUAUUCCUCUUCAUAGCCAUUUAACUGAGGAAGAAGUCAAACGUAACAAAAAAGGAGAAAAUAAUUUAUACAUAAGUAAAUUUAGCCCUCAUUAUGAAACGGUUAAAAAACUGUAUCAAAAGGCUGAAAAAUCACCGAAUGACUUAUCUAUAUCAUUUAAUGGAAUGGGCGGGACUAUUUCAAUAUCCGAGAUAAAUACAGCUAUAAACGGUUUUAUGAAGUCUCCGAUUCCGGGCUUACCUGAUAUUAUUAAAAAUGAAGUUAUAACCACUGUAUACAAGGAUCCCAAAUAUGACGAGGACUUUACUUUUCUAGCUAAAAGGCUGCCUAACGCUGUGGACCCUCCUCAAGUCAUACAAUCGGAUAAUAACAAAAAUGGACCAGUUAUCGGUUUUGGAGUACAUUCGCAAAGAGCUUACAUUCCCCCCGGCGGUCAUCGAUUAGUAUCAUCCAAUAUACGAAGUCAAAGAACGGACAAUGGACAAAGUAUGGGUUACCAAAACAAUGGGAGGAAUAGUGUAAACUAUAAUUAUCCAAUACAAGGCUAUAAUCCAAACCAAAAUUACCAUCAGAGACCAUACCAAUUAAGAUAUAAUGAUUCAAAUUAUCAAAAUCGUUAUAAUAAUAAUGGACCAAGGCAUCCGUACGCCCGACCUCCACAUAGAGGAAAUCAUCAGCAGCACUCACAUUAUAGACGAUUUUAAUUACUGCUUGUAUUUUAAAAAAAUUAAUCGUGUCCACCUAUAUUUGUUUAAAAGAGCCAUCAAAAAUUGUAUUUCAAUCAAAUAUAUUCAUAUUGUGCUUCCUUUACAUCGUUUGAAAAUAUCUAUGUGAAGUAUAAGAAAUAAGUAAAUGGGACACUACGUUUAAUAUAAAAACUGGACAAAUGUUACAAAAAAUGUUUUCGAAAUACUUCAAUUAAAAAAAAAAAAUAUGACCGUUCUGGUAAAUAUCAGCAACCAUAUUUGUGAUACGCAGAUGUUUUCUUUAA